GAUGUGCUUUUGUCUUGAAAUAAAUGAAAUAAUAAAUCAAUUGUUGCCAUCUUAUACAUUUCUGCAUCUUUAGUUAGUAUCAUUAACAGAUCAUCUGCGAUGGCGACGGUAGCCCUCCUCGAGAACGAAGUCAAAUACAUGCGCUGCACCCUCUGCGACCACUUCCUGUCGGUGCCACCCAUCAUGACCAUAUCCGACGACGGCAAGGAGAACCAGUGCGGCCGAUGCAGGCACAUCAAGUCCGCCGUCUCGAAGCGCAACUUCUGCUACGAGAACCUGGCGCGCUUCUUGAAUUUCCCCUGCAUCUACCGCAACUGCCCCGAGCAGGUCCAGUGGAACGAGGUGGAGCAGCACGAGAAGAACUGCGUGCACAAGGCCAUACAAUGCCCGCUGUACUACCAGAAGAACUGCACCACGAUCAUCGAGAUCAAUGAGUUCGAGCUGCACAUGAACAGGCUGCACAGGAACAACACCAUCUACGGAGACACUGUCAGCAAGAAGAUCGGGAUCAACAUGUCUUCGGUGUACUACCUGGUGCCGGAAGAAGGGCGGUUUUUGGUUUACAUCACCCCCGAGGCUAUAUUCGUGGGGUCUUUGGGCGCUCCCAGUAAAUACUUCACUUAUUCCGUGAAGAUGACGGCGAUGAAUAACUGCGAAGACAAAUGUUUGUUCUUCGAUAAUGUGAGGAUCGUUGAGUACGAGGAGAGGUUGCACUGUUUCAGGUGCCUCAAAGAGAAGUGCAACUUGAUACACCACCAGUACUCCAAGCAUAACAACGAAAAUACUACGAAAAACGCCGAUUAUCUCUAUAUAGACAAGGACUUGGUAACCAAGUUCUUGCAGGACACCUCAAACAUCACCAUUUCGUUGACCCUCAUCAGGGAGAGCGAGAAUGCCGAGAGGAAUGAGGAGACUUUUGCGUCGGCUGUCGCUAGCAACACUUCCUUGCUGAGGCGCUACUUGAGAUGCGCUGUUUGUGGGGAAUAUAUGAUGUCGAAGGUGUUCAGAUGUGAGGUUGGGCACAUGUUUUGCGGGAGCUGCGAGUCUAGGGUCGGAGAUUGCAAUGUUUGUGGGCGGCAGUCCCGGAGUACCAGAUAUCAGAGAUGCCAAAUGGCUGAAGAGCUUGCCAGUUGUGUUUUGCUUUGUUGUUUGGGUAGAGGAUGCGAUUUUAUUGGGGGAUUGAAGGAGUUUGAUAUACAUGAACAAAACUGCUGUUUGAAGAGAGAAGACUAGGAAAAUAUGAUAUUUUAGACUAAUUAACCUAGGAAAUUGUACUAGUAUAUUUUAAUAUUCGUUCUAUUUUCAUGAAUUUUAACUAAUUUUCUAUUGAAUUGUACCAACCUAUUUUUAAUAUAUUCAAUUUUU